CAUCACAAGCUAACGUGUAUACUCACCAAUUAUGGCAUCUGCCAAUCGUGUCAACUUUGCCCCCCCAAGAGGAUUUAUAUCCACCUUCAAAUCUGACUGCAGAGAGACUUUCUUCCCCGACGAUCCUUUUAAGCAAUUCUCUGAUGACAAGCCUCUCCGACGAGCCAGAAAGGCUCUCCAAUACUUUGUUCCUAUCUUCGGAUGGCUCCCGUCCUAUAAUUUCCGUUUGUUUAGAUACGAUUUGCUCGCCGGAAUGACCAUCACCAGCCUCGCCAUCCCUCAGGGCAUUAGCUAUGCCAAACUCGGCAGCAUUCCUCCCAUUAUCGGCCUCUAUUCCAGCUUUUUACCACCCAUAGUGUACGCCAUUUUCGGGAGCUCCAAAUAUCUAGCCGUGGGGACGCUGGCGGCUUGCACCUUGCUCAUAGCAGAAACACUUGGAGAAAAAGCGUCUCCCACAGAACAACCCACGUUGUAUCUUCACCUGGUUUUCACCACUGCCUUCGUCACCGGCGUUAUCCAAGCUGCCUUAGGUUUUCUAAGACUGGGGAUUCUGGUGGACUUCUUGUCUCAUUCUACGAUUACUGGUUUCAUGGGAGGCACAGCCGUGAUCAUAAGCCUGCAACAGAUGAAGGGAAUGCUCGGGUUGGUAAAAUUUACCAAUAAAACCGACGUCAUAUCAGUUUUGCAUAGCAUCUUCGAGAAUAGAGCCGAGUGGAGGUGGCAAAGCGCAGUUGUUGGUGUAUGCUUCCUCAUUUUCCUUCAAGUGACGAGAUGUGUGAGUAAAAGAAAUCCAAAGUUGUUUUGGGUAUCGGCCGUGGCUCCAAUGAUUUCUGUUGCAGCCGGUUGUUUGUUUGCCUACUUAGCCGAUAUUGAGAAACACGGAAUCCAAAUUGUUGGUGAAUUGAAGAAAGGAUUGAAUCCGAUAUCAAUUCAAUUUUUGAACUUUAACCCCGAGUUUCUCCCUGCCGUAUUGAAAGCUGGCACCGUCACUGGCCUUGUGGCUCUGGCAGAAGGUAUAGCAGUUGGAAGGAGCUUUGCUGUAAUGAAAAACGAGCAAACUGAUGGGAAUAAAGAGAUGAUAGCUUUGGGUCUGAUGAACGUCUUUGGAUCUUUCGCUUCCUGCUACUUGACAUCCGGGCCAUUUUCCAAAACUGCGGUGAACUUCAACGCAGGGGCUAGAACAGCAAUGUCGAAUAUAGUAAUGGCGAUUUCCAUGAUGCUGGUGCUUUUGUUCUUGGCUCCUCUCUUUAGUUACACUCCUAUCGUGGCUCUCUCCGCCAUUAUUAUGUCCGCAAUGUUAGGUCUCAUCAAAUAUGAAAAGUUUUAUCACUUAUUCGUAGUAGACAAAUUUGAUUUCUGUAUUGCUAUGACUGCCUUCUUGGGUGUCGCCUUCUUGAGCAUGGAUGUCGGCAUCAGCCUCUCUGUUUUACUGGCGAUAAUCAGGGGACUUCUGUAUGUUGCAAGGCCAGCACCUUGCAAGCUUGGGAGACUACCAAAUUCAAAUUUAUAUCGCGACACAGAGCAAUAUCCAGGAGUUGCAACUGUGCCAGGAAUCCUAAUUCUGCAACUUGGAUCUCCUGUUUACUAUGCAAAUGUAUCUUACAUUAAAGAAAGGGUAAUGAGGUGGAUUCGAGAAGAACAGUCUAUUUCAAAUGCCGAAGACGAUGUUAUCGAGCACCUUCUAAUAGAUUUGACAGGAGUUUCAUCUAUUGACUUGCCUGGCAUUGACAUAUUGAUGGAAAUACGUAGAGCUAUGCAGAGAAAUGGAAUCAAGACUUUACUGAUAAAUCCCAGAUUAGAAGUGCUAGAGAAGUUCACAUUAUCACAUUUUGUCGACACGGUUGGAAAAGAAUCGAUCUUUUUGUGCAUUGAAGAUGCGGUGGAGGCAUGCCGAUUUUCUCUAAAUAGUUCUAAAGAAAAGCAAUUAGCAACAAUAGACGACAGUACGAAUGAUGACGAUAAUACUGCAUCAACUGAAGUUCAGAAAGAUUAGAUUAGAUUAGAUUAAUUUUAGUCCAUUUAUGUAUAUAUUUUUUUAAUCUAAUUGUCAGGGUAUUUAGCACAAAUUGCAAUUGAUGCCUUUUAAGAAUAAAAGAUGAAUUAGCAUCAAUUGUAAUUCAGGUUAGAACUUUUGU